AUGAUGUUGUUUGGGAGACUGUCCUGCUUGGGAUCCCCAGGUGGAAAUGACUGGAGCAAUUUAGGGCAGUUCAGGGCCAGUGCCAUCACACUUAGAUUAGAGAGACUGAGAGGGCAACCGUUGGGCACUUUUAUGCUCAGAAAUGCAUUUGUGAGGGAAACUGUUGAAAGAACCUUUACUGCUGUCAUUCUCACUGCCAUCAUAUUUUCUUCUCCUUUCUCCCGUCAAUCUCUUAUUGUAUCCUGCCUCUGUCUGCUUGUCUUGUCAUUGUUCCUCUACCUAGACCUAGUGAACCACUUUUGUGAGCAGGUCCUGAACUUCUUGUUUUGUCCCUACUCUCCUCCUGCCAUAGCCCCGUCCUCCCCUGGUGUUGACUCCGUACCCUUGCAGCGAACAGCAAGCCAGAAUGCCACAGGAACAUUUCCCAGAGGCGGAUAUGCAUCCGGCCAGAGUGCCAAUUACACGGAUACUUACCGCACGCUGCCGUACUGCUCAUCAGUGGAAUCUCCUUACAGCAAAUCCGGCCCAGCACUGCCACCCGAGGGCAACCUGGCCCGCUCACCAUCCAUCGACAGCAUUCAGAAGGAUCCCAGGGAGUUCGGCUGGAGAGAUCCUGAAUUACCUGAAGUCAUUCAGAUGCUGCAGCACCAGUUUCCCUCAGUUCAAUCCAAUGCGGCAGCAUAUUUGCAACAUCUAUGCUUCGGAGACAACAAGAUUAAAGCUGAGAUACGGAGGCAGGGUGGCAUUCAGUUGCUAGUGGAUCUGCUGGAUCACAGGAUGGCUGAAGUUCACAGAAGCGCCUGUGGUGCCCUGAGGAACCUUGUUUACGGCAAGGCCAACGAUGAUAAUAAAAUCGCUCUGAAGAACUGUGGAGGAAUCCCUGCGCUCGUCCGACUACUCCGCAAAACCUCUGAUGUGGAAGUCAGAGAACUGGUCACAGGUGUGUUGUGGAACCUGUCCUCAUGUGAUGCUCUGAAGAUGCCUAUAAUUCAGGACGCUCUAGCUGUCUUGACCAACACCGUGAUUAUACCCCAUUCCAACUGGGAUGUGUCCCCACAUCAGGAGGACCGCAAGCUGCAAAUGCACACUUCCCAAGUACUUCGCAAUGCCACCGGCUGCCUGAGGAAUGUGAGUUCAGCAGGAGAAGAGGCUCGGCGGCGGAUGAGAGAAUGUGAGGGUCUGACUGACACGCUGCUUUUCGUCAUUCAGACUUCCCUCGGAAGCAGUGAGAUUGAUAGCAAGACCAUUGAAAACUGUGUUUGUAUUCUGAGGAACCUCUCAUAUCGGCUCGCAGCGGAAACGUCUCAGGGACAGCAGAUGGGGACGGACGAGCUGGACGGCCUUCUGUGUAGCGACGCCAGCGGAAAGGACGGAGAGACCUCAGGCUGCUGGGGGAAGAAGAAGAAGAAGAAGAAGUCCCAGGACCAGUGGGAUGGUGUGGGACCCCUGCCGGACACUGCUGAGCCCCCCAAGGGGAUUCAGAUGCUGUGGCACCCCUCAAUAGUGAAGCCCUACCUCACCCUGCUGUCUGAGUGCUCCAACCCGGACACACUGGAGGGGGCCGCCGGGGCCCUGCAGAACCUGGCAGCCGGGAGCUGGAAAUGGUCGGUGUACAUCCGUGCGGCAGUGAGGAAAGAGAAAGGUCUGCCGAUCCUCGUGGAGCUGCUGAGGAUCGACAAUGACCGCGUUGUGUGUGCCGUCGCCACCGCUCUCCGAAACAUGGCCCUGGACGUCAGAAAUAAAGAGUUAAUCGGUAAAUAUGCCAUGCGAGAUCUGGUGCACAGGCUUCCAGGGGGGAACAAUGCUAGCGCAAGCAGCGGGGGAACAGCAAACAGCACAGCGGGUAAAACCAUGUGCGAUGACACCGUUACGGCUAUAUGCUGUGCCCUACACGAGGUCAUCACCAAGAACAUGGAGAACGCCAAGGCCUUACGGGACGCCGGUGGCAUCGAGAAGCUCAUCGGCAUUGCUAGGAGUAAAGGAGACAAACACUCACCUAAAGUGGUGAAGGCAGCAUCUCAGGUCCUCAGUAGCAUGUGGCAGUACAGAGAUCUCCGGAGCCUUUAUAAGAAGGACGGCUACUCGCAGUAUCACUUUGUUGGCUCUGCCUCAACAAUAGAGAGAGACAGGCAGAGGCCGUACUCAUCCUCACGCACCCCGUCAGUAUCACCGGUCCGGACGUCCCCUAACAACCGAUCGGCCAGCGCUCCUGCUUCACCCAGAGAGAUGAUCAGUCUCAAGGACAGGAAGAGCGAAUUCGACUCCACUGGAACCAAUGCUACUUAUCAUGCAAAUAAAGGAGAACACACUGCCAGAAAGGACACAAUGGCAGUUCAAACCUCCUGUGGAACAUCCACAUUGUUCCGGAAUUCGUAUGAGACUUCAAAUGACGAGAUCAAACACAACCAGGUCCCAGUGCCACCCAUCCCGCAGGAGCCCCCGCUCAAGGACUACGAGCCGUACCCCAUCUAUCAAAACUCCACUAGGAACUUUGAGGAGCCAUUUUUUGAGGAUCAGGUCCAUCGCCCCCCUCCCGCCACCGAUCUCAAUAUGCACCUGGGACUUAAAUCCACCGGAAAUUACGUGGAUUUUUACUCGGCCGCUCGGCCCUACAGCGAACUCAACUACGAAACCAGCCACUACCCCGCGUCCCCCGACUCUUGGGUUUAAACGUAGAGGCCGCAAAACUGCAUGUGCAUGAGUAUCACAAAACAUUUUUCAGCAAGUUUUGUUAGUCUAAGCUGGUUCCGUGAGCGUUAAAAAAAAGAAAAGAGAAAGCGAGAGGGAGAAAAGAAGGCCUUGACAGAGACAGAAAGAAUGCGUGAGAGAUGAGAGAGAGCACACGCUUUAAAGAGAAGCAAAAGCCUAACCUUUGGAGUAGAAAGUAGGUUUGUAUUGAAAGCUAUUUGAAAAGUGUGGAAGAGAAAAAGAAGUAGGAAGGUGAGGAAUGUGAGCACAAGAAAACCAAGCUUGUAGAAACGAGCUACGGGAGCAGCUUUUCACCCUUUUUUUUCCCCAAAUGUUCUUUUCAGUCAGUGGAUUAUUUUUUUCCACAUUAUUCCCAUCUAUUUUUUUAAGUUGAUGUAAAGUAUUUGGUGUACAUUUAAAAGAUGCAUUACACAAGUGCAUUGUGUAAAUUUACACAAGACCACGCAGUUCUUCCCGUGGCUUUUACAGUACAAGGAAAAGACAAAAAAAAAAAAAAAAAACGAGCAAAAUGCAUCAACGUUGAGUGUUCAUCUCCCAAAAUGACAUGCGAAGAGAAAGGAUGUACGUGCCAGUAUUGUUGAUUCUGAAAAUGUGAACAUGUUUGUGGCAACUAAAACAAAAGCAGAUGAAGACCGGAGCGUCAUUUCACUCUCCUCUCCUCGUCGACAAAGUGCUUUCUCACUGCCUACAGAAAUAGAUGUAGAUUUUUGACAUUUUUUCAAAUUCACUUUUUUUUUCUUUCUUGACUCAAGUGUGGAAUAAAAAUAAAUGCGGCUGCUUUAUCAUCCACGUUUGCAGGAAAACUGUCCGUUUUAGACCUCGAUCUCGGUUUUCUGUGCGAACUGAUUGUGCCAAAUCUCUUCGAUCAGCACUGGAGACAUUUAUAAGUUGUUCUGUUCGAUUUGUACCUGCGUUUUUUUUUUUUUUUUUGGUUUUUCUUCUUCGGUUUAAAUAAGUGUAUUUAACUGGAAUUAAGCGACGUCUAGAAAACACUGGAGUACUACCAGGAGGGCAAAACAACUUUGCAAGCUUAAUUCCCUCCAAAGAUGUACAAAAAAAAGCCCUGUCUCUCAAUGUUUAGUUGAGUGUGUGCUGUAUGUCGAUCAGUGUUUAAUAUGAGAGGCUUUGUUUCUGACGGUUUGGCUUCUGCUGUUUGACUCGACGACAUGAUGAUAAUGAACACUGAGAUGUUAAUAGAGAAUGAUAAAUAUAUAAAUAUGAAUAUAAAUAUAGAUCUAUAUAAUUUUUAUGUGCAGAUGUCAGUGUCACUGAAAGCAACAAACCAGAAAAGACUUGUACAAAAAAAAGAAAAAGCAAAACAAUUCUGUUUACCUUCAUGUCCGACUGAGAAAAAAGAAAAUGAAACUUGAAAUGUUGACCUGGUCCCAGUUGUGUUCUUACCAAGCUACAUGAAUAAUCACGCUGGAUUUGGAUGAUGUUCUGAUGUCAGGACAAUAAAUUACUCUUUGCGAUUUG